CACGCACGGCGCGGGCUGGAGCCGUUCACGCGCCGUCUGUGCGGGAAAAAACGCAUUUUUCUGCGCGUAAAUCACGUCCCUCGGUCUCCCCGCGGAACUGCGUCACUUUCCGGCGAUGGAGCUUUAGCCCGAGCGACUCCGGUGACGAGUCUUGAGGAUGGAUCAGACGGUGGAGGACUUCCUGUCUCAGAACCCUCAGGUGAGGCAGUGGGCGGAGUCUGUGAGGGGCAGGUGUGAGACGCUCAAACAGUGGAACGCUCGGAGAACCUUCAUCCUGAGGAACAUGGACCUCCUCGGACUCGGACCGGAACCGGGACUCGUCCCGGAACCGGGACCAAAGCUGGACCGGCUCUUGGCCCUGUCCAUGGUCUGGGCCAACCACAUCUUCAUGGGCUGCAGGUAUCCGGACACGGUGAUGGACAGAGUUUUGAAAAUGGCUGAAGGGAUCGAGGUUGGAGAUGUUCCUCAGUUCACCACCAGAGACCAGCUCAUGUCCAGGAGCAACAAGAGGAGCCUGCCCCUGCCGACAGAGGACGACUCUUGUGUGAAACGACCCAAACCUGAACCUUCAGACUCCAGUUCUGCUCCAGAGACCAUCACCGCCCAGAAGAGUGGACCCUCCCCUCAGGCGCCGGCGCUCCUGCAGCCUUUCUUUAAUCGUCUGUACAAAGCCGUGUGCUGGAGGCUGGUCUCGGCCGGAGGUCUGGGUCCAAACCUGGAGCACUUCGAGGUCCUGAGGUCCUGCGUGGAGUCGUGUAAGGAAGUCCUCAGCUGCGUCCUCGUCCCCCUCAAGGACCUGACGGGUCUGCCCCCCGCCCGCGCCCACCAGGACGGACACGUGUGCGAACUGCGCUGCCAGGGGACCUACCUGGGCACCGGGUACGGCAGGGACGAGGCGGCGGCGAGGGCGAUGGCGUCCAAAGAGGCGUUGAAAGUUUUCCAGGGUCGUAAAGUUCUGGUGAAGAUUUGUCGGCGGAAGUUCAAAGGUCGCGAGGUGGACGACCUGAUGCUGUUGGACGAUCAGCCGCGGGCGCAGGGCUUCCCCCCGGCGCUCAGCUACCCGUUCACGCCCGGGUACAGCCAGGAGAGCGGCUCGUAACCCACCCGCGGCGAGGAACAGAUGUGUGGCGAGGAACAGACGGACGGACGGCGAGGA